AUGUCCGGCUUCGGGAUUCCUGGAUUGCUGGAGCAGUGGAAGUCAAGCUGGCUCGACCCAGCCCUGGACUACAUCGAAGGAAGCAAGCUGAAAACAGACUCGCACCUCAACCAGGCCAGCAAUGAGUAUUUCGAGGAGGAGAUCAAGGCUUCAACAAGAAACUUUGAUCCGAGCUGCUUGCUUGGCUCUGGCACCUUCGGUAGUGUGUACCGUGGAACAAUGAAGGACGGGACAGAGGUCGCCAUUAAGGUCUUGCAAGUGCCAGAGGAGGCAGGCUUUGAGGAAGAGAUAAAGGUUCUCUCCAGAUUCCGGCAUCCCAACCUCGUGAUCCUCAUGGGUUUCGCUCGACAUGCCGCAACGGGAUGGAGAAGUCUCAUCUACGAAUUCCUGGCUGGCGGCGAUGUCACGCGGCGGAUACAGAGAAGCAGGAAUCACAACGAGCCGUUCGAGUGGAGAGCACGGCUGAGUGCUUGUAUGGAUGCAGCAUGCGGCCUGUCUCAUCUGCACAACAUGACCCCGCGGGCUUUCCAUCGCGAUAUCAAGGGCCCCAACAUCCUCCUCGACAAGAACGGAACUGCCAAGAUGGCCGACUUCGGGCUCUCCUGUGUGUCCGCCGGCGCCCAGCACAAAGUGCAACAGGCCAGUGGCACCGUUGGCUAUGCAUGUCCAGAGUAUAUCCGGACCGGCAUCAUCACGGAAGGGAGCGAGGUGCACAGCUUCGGGAUGGUAGUUCUGGAGGUGCUCACUGGGGCCCCGCCGGCUGUGGCCAAGCCAAACACUCCGGGAGAGUUCAGCUAUCUGGUGGACCACAUUCGUGGCAGCAAGACCAAGGUGUCGCAAAUGCUGGAUCCGACCGGCAACUUCCCACAGUCUGUUUCACAGGCAAUGACGGAUGUGGCCUUCCGCUGCAUCCAGCCGCGUGGUUCCAAGACGCCUUCUGGCCUUUUCUCGUUGAUCCAGGUGUCAGAAAGACGUAGCCUCCGCAGGGUUCCAGCGGAGCGGCCGCUCUUCAAGCUUCUGGUGGAGGAACUGAGGGAACUGCACUUGGCACACCCGCCUUGUGCUUGGACGAGGGGCAUGACGAAGCCUGCAUGUGAUUUGGCGCCGACGGCACACAAAGCCGAGCUGCUCAGGCUCAUCCUCAAGCGCCGCACCUGGCUUGCAGGCAAGCGGCAAGCUCCAGCGACUGUCGACCGAGAAGCCUUGCGGGCCGUCGAUCUCCUGCGAGCAUCUGGGUUGCUGCAGUCACGAAAAGAAUUCACAAUAGUGCUUAGCUCGCUAACACGAAUGGCGUUGUGGCAGAAGGCGAGCAACGUCUUUCAACUGAUGAGAGGCAUGCGAGUAGAGGCCGACGCAGCGGCGCGGCAUGCAGCACUCUCCGAGAGCCCAUGGCAGCUGACGCAGUCCUUGCUGAAGAUCGAGUCUGAUGCAAAGGACAUCAACGACGCAGCCACCCUUCAAGCACGAGCCUGUGCUUCCGUACAUCUCUGGUCAGAAGCCUGUGCUGUCCUGGAAGAGUUGGCGAGAUCAAGACUGCAGCCAGCCAUCCAAGUGCACACGGCGGUCGUUGGAGCUUUCUCGGCUUGCGCCUCAUGGCGGCUUGCUUGCCAGCAUGUGGAAGACAUGUCGUCGAUUGGUGCAGAUCCUCAAUUCUAUACUACUGCUGCCGGAACUUGCUCCAAAUCUGCGCAGUGGCUUCACACGUUGCACCUCCUGCGCAAAGCUUCGGUCGGGCAUGACAUCGCAAUUUUCGGGGUGCUGCUCUAUGCCCUGGCAAAGGGACAGCAGCUGGAAAGCUUGCUAAGUGUCCUCAAAGAUCUGGAGAUUUCAAAACUUCGGCUCAAUUCCGCUCUGGUGAGUGCGGCACUUGGUGCUUUUGGCGCUUCAGCGCUGCCCGGCUCAGGCGGACGUCGCACUUGGCAGCUUGGGCUUCACCUCAUGGCUCGGCUUCGGAAAGUUGGCGACCGCACGGGCUCCGGCAAAGACUUCGCAGGACCUGACCUGAUGGCCUUCAACAGUCUGCUGCCGGCUUUAGAUCGCGGUGGCCAGUGGGAGCUCGCCGUCCUUUACGGCCUGAGCUCUUCCUUUGGAGUGCUGCAGGCGAGCCUGAGACCAGAUGUUGUAACCUGGACAUCUGCCAUCUCUUCUUGCAGGAGUGUCUCAGGCUGGCAGCGAAUGGCGCACAUGCUCCAGGCUAUGGAGAGACGGGGCAUCAACCAUGGCCCUGAAGCACCGGGCGCUGUCCUGAAUGCGUGUUCAACAGCUGGUGUAUGGGACUGGGCGAUGCGCUUUUACCAUGGCUUACGGUCCUAUCGAGAUCGUGCCACCCCUGUACCCAGUCUCCGAUGGAGUCUAACCUGUGCAUCGGCCAUCAGCGCAUGCGAAUUUGAUUUUCGGUGGAGCCAUGCGCUUUGCCUUCACUGGCUCGCAGCUUCGGAGGGGUCUGUAUCGACAGAAACCCUCAACGCUUUGACCGACUGCUUGGGCAAGUGCGCGUGCUGGUUGCGGGCGCAGCUGGCACUGUUUGACAUGCAGCUGCAGUCAUGCCGUCCAGGAGAACUGGCACUGUCCGCCGCUGCACGCGCCUGUGGCAGUCGUGGCCAGAGGCAAUGGACUAUGGCCACUUCGUUUUUGCUGCAGUUCCGGCAUUCCUCCAUUGAUCCCGAAGCAUCGGUGCUGUGCGCAGCAGUGACAGCCUGUGAGGCUUCAGGCAAAGCUGGUUUUUUCCCGCUUCUGUCCUUGUUGGGUCAGCUUCAAGCUGGCGCCGGCAUGCUGUUGGACCAACGUGGGCAAGAGCUGAGAAAGUCUUCGGCGGCACUUGUUACCGAUACCACGACCAACGGAGGCAACUCGAGCUCUGCCGCCACUGCUGCACACCAGGAUCAAGCUCAGGGGCUACCACGAGAGUCGCGGGAGCGUGAGAAGCCACAGGUGCGGCGAGUGGUACUUUCAGCUGGCUUGGCCGUUCUCAGUCGCUACCGCGGAAGUGGAGUCUGGCUCCGUGGACAGAUCCUGAAGGACAACGGCAAUGGCACUUUCCAAAUCCAGUAUGAUUCAGGGGAGAUUGAGCUGAAUGUUCCUUCCGCAAACCUUCGCCUGGAGAGGACGGAAGUUCCAGCCACGCCUGCUGGCUGGCGUGUCGCCAGACCGGAGCUUGAGGGUCAGAGCCAGCUCGGCCAGCUCAGCCAGCUUCCUCCGCAGCCGGUCCCGCAACCGCUGCAGCCGGUCCAACUAAAUGCGGGACCUCCACCGCCGCCACCGCCACCGCCGCAGGGUCGUGGUGCCGCACCUCUUCAAUGGGCAGCUGGUGCGGCUGCUGCACAAGCUCCCGCAGGGAUUGGAAUGGCACCAGCUCCCAGGCCAAAGGCGCCUGCACCUCCCAACCCUGAGCGCUCCAGCGCUGAUGCGGAGAAGGAUUGGCCGACACUCGGAGUGGAUGGAGGAGAUGCACCCGGGAACCAGGAAGUCCUCGACCCCAGUGUUGUUCCGCCCUACCACUUCUGGUGCAUCUAUGCGGAGGGGGUGGACCUGGCCACGCUGACCUCCGAGCAGCGUGCUGUGCCGGGGAGCGGCAACGCGGAGUCGAUUUUCGGCAGAACGGCGCAGCCGAACACUGUCUGGGAGACACUGGUGCCCAACAGGUUCAACCACUCGACCAUCUCUCGCGAGCACCUAAAGGUGAUGGCACGCAGCUCUUCCAAGCAUCUGGGUGUACCCCAGGUGUCCUUCGCCAUCACUUGCUUGUCUCAGAAUUCCAUCUUCUUGAACGGGCAGCACAUGGACAGAAGUUCGGGAGAGCAUCCGCUGCAACACGGGGACGUGCUGUCCCUGGCCGCUCAUCCCGUGUCGUCAGGCGACGGCCAGAAGAAAGUCUUCGUUGUUUUUCAGUUCGAGGUGCUCGGACCGAGCCCCGCUGCAGCAGCCCUGCCUACGAUCCGGCCGAGUGAUGACUGCGAUGUGCAGGAGGAGCCGAUGCAGCUGCAACCAGCGAAAGGGCCCUUCGAUGUCCUUCACAGCCAAGAGGAACUGCAGCACCCUCCGAAUGGAACGGUAGCCGGCCGAUGGCGCACCUCGGCCUCGGCGCCUGCUCCCUCGGACGCGCUCUACGCUCUCGAGGUUCACGGAGAUGAGGUCCGGGAAUGGCUGCCUGCCGAAGAGAGGCAGCUCUUCGGCUGUGAGCCUGCGUCGUCGGAGGCCUCACCAUGGCUUCGUGUCGGCCGCUUCUACCAGAGGGGACUCUGGGAGCGCAUCCUGACCGAUGAAGUGCUCAAAGGAGGCACUCUGUGGGGAUCCAUCAUGGCACAGGACCACUUCGAGAUUCUGGCUGUCCGGAAGAACAAUCCACGGUCUUCCGAGCCACCCGAUUGGUGCUUCAGAUUGCGCGUGCUAAGCGCAGCUGGAGUCACGCUGAACUACAGCAUGGUCUGCACUUCAGGUGAUGAAAGGGAGUUGGGUCCCAGCGAUACGUUGACCCUGCGGCGCCCCGUUGCCAGAGGCACCCCCUCACAGCCCACGGCCUCUGUUCGGGAAGACGGUUCAGACGGCCAACACCUGAAGGGCUUUCACAUGACCUUCAUACCACUCGUGGGGCCUUUGUCAAAGCAAAGUUCUGAGCCCGAGGCGGAGUUCGCGAGCCUUGAGCCGGAGCCGGGCGAACGUCCGCAGCUCCCAGAGCUGUCAGACUCUGAGAACGAGGGAUCCGGUCACGGGAGACCAGGAGGAAGCGCUUCACUUCUGGCCUCUGCGUAUCCGCGUGCGGGGGCACUGCGGCCACCAACCGACGUGCUACCCAUCAACAGCGAAAGCUUCGAUGAGGUGAACCCCUUUGUCGCUCCUCGCCCUCUUGGGUCUAGCUACACACACUCCAAGCAGGAGCUCGUGGGCACGAGAAUCCUCGAGCCGCGACCUGCGAAAGACAAGGAAUCGGCGGAGCCAGAUGAUCUGUUUGCUCGUACAGGUUUCCGACAAGAUGGAGUUCCACCGAACGAGGACGUGGGGGAUUUGCUCAGCGCAGAGGAAAUCCCUAACAUGGCGACCAGCAAUGGCCACCCUGCGAGAAAAGGUUCAUGGUUGACUAGUUUCAUUGCGAUUUGUACAGUCGCAUUGGCGAGUUCCAAACUUCGGCCAGCGAAGAUCUUGCUGCUGCUCGUUGGAGUCCUGACUUCGGGGCGAGUCCAUCAAAGCUUAUUUGCAGUGGAAGUCGACCACGUUGCUAUGGCGCCCCUCGCAAUCGCCGAGCUGUCGCUUUGUGGACUUAUCUCGCGGUUGAAGGAGGUGGAGCACAUCAAAGGCAUCAAGAGUCCUGAUGAUGAGCAGGCCGCAAUCCUUUCCACAGAAACGGAUGUCAAGAAGGCUCUGUUCGAGCAGCUGCAGGCUGCGAAAACAGACGGUGUGGCUUCCUUCGAAAAAAAGGUUGGGAAAGAGUUUCUGCAGGAGCAGCUGAAGUCCAUCGACGACACCUCCAAAGGAGGUCAGGCAAAGAAGACCAAGCUUCAGGAGCUACUGACCGGCCUAGAGGCGGCGUCAAGCAGAGACGACCCUGCGCACGUUCGCCGAGCAAAGCAGGACGUAGCCAAGUCCGAGAAGGCCUUCGAGGAUAUCCGCAAGGACUACGAGCGAUGGGAAAAGGGGAAGAAGAUGCUCAACAUUGAUGAGAUCAAGGUUCUCAAGCGCUCCUUCGAAGAGAGCAAGGCCAAGGUGGAGAAAGCCAGGGCCAUCGUCGAGGAGCAGCAACUCCGCCGAGCGGAGGCGGCCGUGGCGCCGGUGGCGGAGGAAAAGGAGAGGGGGGCAGCUGCCCUUGCCGCAGAGGCACGAUCUGCUCGAGCACGAGCCGUCGCCAGCAAGGCACCUUCCCGGCCGAUGAAUCCGAGCACGUCGAAGGCGGCCGCGCCUGCAGGAUACCCGCCAAAGGCAGCGGUAGCUCCCGCCGCAUUGCGUCAGGCGCAGGUUGCGGCCCAGGUGAGGGCCGAAGCCGAAGUGCCAUCAAUCCCAGCCUCAGCGCCGGCCCCUCGGCCUCGGCCAGCCCCGCGGCCCAAGGCAGAGGACGCACCUGUGCUUUCUUAUGCCUGCACAUGUACAGCAGUUGCGCAACAUCUUGGCAUCACAGAGGCGCAGGCCAGAGAGCUGGCUGAAUCUGCCCGCGACUUCGCUCAGCACUUUGAUGCUGAGACUUGGGAAGCCCUCCAGGAAAAGUCCUUGGCCAUUGAGAAGGCCAAUCAGGAGAAGCAGCGCGAGGCAGAGAGGCGGAAGAAGGAGAAGGCCUUGGCCAAGGUGACACAGGUUCAGAGCAGUGCUGCUGCUGUAGGUGCUGGCGCCGGCGCAGCCAACGCCAAGACUGCAGCCAAAGCUGUCCCGCAAGCCGUAGUCGGCAGAAGCCCCGACCCAGUCGCUGCAAAGGCAAAGCCAAAGGUCAAAGCGAAGAGCGCAGCCAAGGAGCUUCCGCGUCACGAUGGACUGUCAAGCCUGGCUGGCGCUAACAAGUUUGGCAGUCUUGAAUCAGAUGAGGAGGAGGAAGGUUGGGCAAAAGUGAGGCGAUGA